AUGAGCAAGGCCGCCAUCACAGCAGCCAUUAAGUCAGAAGCAUCAUCACUCAGAGCACAUCACCAAGUCACCAAGACACCAAGUCACCAAGACACCAAGUCACCAAGACACCAAGUCACCAAGUCACCAAGUCACCAAGACACCAAGUCAUCAAGACACCAAGUUACCAAGACACGAAGACACCAAGUCACCAAGUCACCAAGACACCAAGUCACCAAGUCACCAAGUCACCAAAUCACCAAGUCACCAAGUCACCAAGUCACCAAGCCACCAAGUCACCAAAUCACCAAGUCACCAAGACACCAAGCCACCAAGUCACCAAGUCACCAAGUCACCAAGACACCAAGUCAUCAAGACACCAAGUUACCAAGACACGAAGACACCAAGUCACCAAGUCACCAAGUCACCAAGACACCAAGUCACCAAGACACCAAGUCACCAAGUCACCAAGUCACCAAGUCACCAAGUCACCAAGACACCAAGUCACCAAGACACCAAAUCACCAAGUCACCAAGACACCAAGCCACCAAGUCACUAAGUCACCAAGACACCAAGUCACCAAGUCACCAAGUCACCAAGACACCAAGACACCAAGUCACCAAGUCACCAAGUCACCAAGACACCAAGUCACCAAGACACCAAGCCACCAGGACACCAAGUCACCACAUCACCAGACACCAAGCCACCAAGUCCCCAAAUCACCAAGUCACCAAGACACCAAGCCACCAAGUCACCAAGCCACCAAGUCACCAAAUCACCAAGUCACCAAGUCACCAAGCCACCAAGUCACCAAAUCACCAAGUCACCAAGACACCAAGCCACCAAGUCACUAAGUCACCAAGACACCAAGUCACCAAGACACCAAUCACCAAGUCACCAAGUCACCAAGACACCAAGACACCAAGACACCAAGUCACCAAGUCACCAAGUCACCAAGACACCAAGUCACCACAUCACCAAGACACCAAGUCUCCAAGACACCAAAUCACCAAGUCAACAAGUCACCAAGACACCAAGCCACCAAGUCACUAA